UUCAACCACCCUCUCCAGCAGAACUAUUGAGCAGCACCAGGGCAGUUCUGCUCUUCGGAUGAGUGUAACUGUGCUCUUCGUUACUCUGGGUCUUUCUCAAGCAGACCUCUAAGCCGGAUCCAUUGGCUUGUUAGCGACUGAAACGGCUCAGACACGCUGAGGGCUCAGCCAGGGUCGAACGAUGGGCGCUCUGGCCUUACUGCUGUGGACCGUGACUGGAGCGGCCCUGCUAGAGCCAGCGGCAGCACACGAUGGGCCUGUUGUGCAGACUAAGUUAGGAGCUCUAAAAGGUGAGUAUGUGACGGUUAAAGGGAAGGACACAGUUGUACACAGCUACCUGGGAGUGCCGUUUGCAAAGUCACCAGUGGGUCCUUUGAGACUUGCUCCACCCCAACCUGCAGAAGCAUGGGAAGGAGUGAGAGAUGCUACACAACAGCCAUACAUAUGCAUUCAACAUAGGACACUACUUGUAGGUCUUCUACAACACUUACUUAUGAACUUUGAAGUCCCUGAGAUGUCUGAGGACUGCCUCUACCUCAACAUUUAUACUCCCUCUAAACCUGGUGAAGAUGCUAAAUUACCUGUCAUGGUUUGGAUCCAUGGUGGAGGAUUAACUUUAGGCUCAGCUUCCAUGCAAGACGGAAGUGUGCUGGCAGCCUAUGAGGAUGUUGUUGUUGUAGUAAUCCAGUACAGGCUUGGGUUACUUGGAUUUUUCAGCACAGGAGAUGAACAUGCCCCAGGAAACUAUGGUCUCCUGGACCAGGUGGCAGCACUUCAGUGGGUCCAGGAGAACAUCCACAGCUUUGGAGGUGAUCCUGGAGCAGUCACCAUCUUUGGGGAGUCUGCUGGAGGAAUUAGUGUGUCUCUACAGAUUCUUUCACCACUGUCUGCUGGUCUGUUCCGCUCUGCCAUAGCAGAGAGCGGCACUGCAGCGAUGGAUGCAAUCAUGACUGACAAUCCUUUACCUAUAGCUCAGCAUUUGGCUGAAAUGUCUGGCUGUGACAUCUCCAGCACAAAGAAGAUGGUGGAUUGUGUUAUGCAGCUGUCAGAGAAGGACCUUCAAAGGGUUACAGAAAUUGAGGGACUGAUCUCUGUCAAAGUGCCAAAGGAUGGACGAUUUCUUCCUAAAUCUGUGUAUGAACUUCUAAAGAAUAAGCAGUUCAAUAAAGUGCCAUUAAUCACAGGUGUGACAGAUGAUGACGGUGGAUAUGGACUUAUUAAUUUCCUUCUUGCUCCAGGAUGGACUGACGGAAUCAGCAGAGAGCAAGUCAUGUCAAAAAUGCCAUUCUUUUUUUCUGGUCCCAGUGAGAAAUGGGUGCAUGAAGUAGUGCUGAAUGAGUACGUAGGCACCAGUGAUGAUCCAAUCAAAAUCCGAGAUGGUUUCAGAGAGAUGUACGGGGACUUGAUGUUUAACAUUCCUGCACGCAAAGUGGCAAAAUACCACAAAGAUUCCAGAGCACCAGUUUACCUGUAUGAAUUCCAGCAUACUUACAAUGAGAUCAAAAAGAUGAGGCCCAGCUUUGUUGGGAGUGACCAUGCUGAUGAAAUUUAUUUUGUGUUUGGUAGCUGCUUUGCCAACGCCCACAUUAAGAUUGCUGGUCAGUUUACGGAGAAAGAAAAUGAACUAUGUAGAACUGUGAUGCACUAUUGGGGAAACUUUGCUCGCACUGGAUCUCCAAACGGGCCCGGCCUGACGCCAUGGCCUGAGCACGGAACUGAAGCGGAGUAUCUGGGUAUUGGGCUGGAGCAGAAAGCUGGCAAGAAUCUGAAGGGAAAGCACUACACGUUCAUGACCAAGACUCUUCCACGCUUGAUUCGAGAGAAAAAGAAGGGGCCUGUUGUGCAGACUAAGUUAGGAGCUCUAAAAGGUGAGUAUGUGACGGUUAAAGGGAAGGACACAGUUGUACACAGCUACCUGGGAGUGCCGUUUGCAAAGCCACCGAUGGGUCCUUUGAGACUCGCCCCACCCCAACCUUCAGAAGCUUGGGAAGGAGUGAGAGAUGCUACACAACAGCCACACAUAUGUAUUCAACGUAGGAUACUGCUUGAUGGUAUUCUACAACACUUACUUAUGAACUUUGAAGUCCCUGAGAUGUCUGAGGACUGCCUCUACCUCAACAUUUAUACUCCCUCUAAACCUGGUGAAGAUGCUAAAUUACCUGUCAUGGUUUGGAUCCAUGGUGGAGGAUUAACUUUAGGCUCAGCUUCCAUGCAAGACGGAAGUGUGCUGGCAGCCUAUGAGGAUGUUGUUGUUGUAGUAAUCCAGUACAGGCUUGGGUUACUUGGAUUUUUCAGCACAGGAGAUGAACAUGCCCCAGGAAACUAUGGUCUCCUGGACCAGGUGGCAGCACUUCAGUGGGUCCAGGUGAACAUCCACAGCUUUGGAGGUGAUCCUGGAGCAGUCACCAUCUUUGGGGAGUCUGCUGGAGGAAUUAGUGUGUCUCUACAGAUUCUUUCACCACUGUCUGCUGGUCUGUUCCGCUCUGCCAUAGCAGAGAGCGGCACUGCAGCGAUGGAUGCAAUCAUGACUGACAAUCCUUUACCUAUAGCUCAGCAUUUGGCUGAAAUGUCUGGCUGUGACAUCUCCAGCACAAAGAAGAUGGUGGAUUGUGUUAUGCAGCUGUCAGAGAAGGACCUUCAAAGGGUUGCUGAAAUUGAGGGACUGAUCUCCGUCAAAGUGCCAAAGGAUGGACGAUUUCUUCCUAAAUCUGUGUACGAACUUCUAAAGAAUAAGCAGUUCAAUAAAGUGCCAUUAAUCACAGGUGUGACAGAUGAUGACGGUGGACAUGCAGUUAUUAAUUUCCUUCUUGCUCCAGGAUGGACUGACGGAAUCAGCAGAGAGCAAGUCAUGUCAAUAAUGCCACUCUUUUUUUCUGGUCCCAGUGAGAAAUGGGUGCAUGAAGUAGUGCUGAAUGAGUACGUAGGCACCACUGAUGAUCCAAUCAAAAUCCGAGAUGGUUUCAGAGAGAUGUGUGGAGACUUGUUGUUUAACAUUCCUGGACGCAAAGUGGCAAAAUACCACAAAGGUUCAGGAGCACCAGUUUACCUGUAUGAAUUCCAGCAUACUUACAAUGAGAUCAAGAAGAUGAGGCCCAGCUUUGUUGGGAGUGACCAUGCUGAUGAAAUUCAUUUCGUUUUUGGUAGCUGCUUUGCCAACGCCCACAUUAAGAUUCCUGGUCAAUUCACAGAGAAAGAGAAUGAUCUGUGUAGAACUGUGAUGGCCUACUGGGGGAACUUUGCUCGCACUGGAUCUCCAAACGGGCCCGGCCUGACACCAUGGCCUGAGUAUGGCACUGAAGCGGAGUAUCUGGGCAUCGGGCUGGAGCAGAAAGCUGGCAAGAAUAUGAAGAGAAAGCACUACACGUUCAUGACCAAGACUCUUCCACGCUUGAUACGAGAGAAAAAGGAGGGGCCUGUUGUGCAGACCAAAUUAGGAGCUCUAAAAGGUGAGUAUGUGACGGCUAAAGGGAAGGACACAGUUGUUCACAGCUACUUGGGAGUGCCGUUUGCAAAGUCUCCAGUGGGCCCUUUGAGACUCGUCCCACCCCAAACUGCAGAGGUAUGGGAAGGAGUUAGAGGUGCCACACAGCAGCCACACAUGUGCAUACAAAAUAGGCAACUGCUUGCAGACCUUAUUGCAAAUUUUACACUGAGAGCAGAACUUCCUGAAAUGUCAGAAGACUGCCUCUACCUGAACAUAUACACUCCUGCAAAGCCUGGUGAAGAUGCCAACUUACCAGUCAUGGUUUGGAUUCAUGGUGGGGGACUGAGUAUCGGCUCUGCAUCAAUCUAUGAUGGAUCAAUUUUGUCUGCAUACCAGAAUGUAGUUGUUGUGCUGAUCCAGUACAGGCUGGGUCUGUUAGGAUUCUUCAGCACAGGGGAUGAACAUGCACCAGGAAACUAUGGUCUUCUGGACCAGGUGGCAGCACUUCAGUGGGUCCAGGAGAACAUCCAUAGUUUUGGAGGUGAUCCAGGAUCAGUCACCAUCUUUGGAGAGUCUGCUGGAGGAGCCAGUGUGUCAUUUUUGCUUCUCUCUCCCUUGUCUGCUGGUCUGUUCCAUCGUGCAGUUGCACAGAGCGGCUGUGCUACAAUGCCAGGCAUUGUACUGGAUCCCUUGCCAGUAGCCCAGCAAGUGGCUAAUGCAUCAGGUUGUGACAUCAGCAGCACACAGAAAAUUGCUGAGUGCAUAAAGCAGUGGUCAACAGAGGACAUGAUAACACUUUCCAAAGAGCAUCUUAUGCUUCGCUUUGUGGUGACAGAAGAUAAAGUAUUUCUUCCCAAGCCUGUGGAGGAGCUCCUUCAAAAGCAGGAGUUCAGCAAAGUGCCUCUCCUGACUGGCAUAAAUGAUGAUGAGUUUGGUUGGAUGAUGCCCAGUUUCACUGGACCUCCAGGAUGGGCUGAUGGAAUGGAUAGAGAGCAAGUCCUUUCAUCAGUGGCUGCCUUUAUGCCUGAUGUCAAAAAACAAUGGAUCAAUGAACUGAUAGCAGAUGAGUACCUGGGCUCCUCUGCUGACCUGAUCAAAAUUCGUGACAGUUACAAAGAGAUGAUGGCAGAUAUCAUCUUUAACAUUCCUGCUCUCAAGCUGGCAAAAUUCCAUAAAGCUGCUGGUGCACCGGUUUACCUGUAUCAGUUCCAGCAACCUCCCAGCUUCAUUCAAGCAAAGAGGCCCAGUUUUGUCAGGACUGAUCAUGGAGAUGAUCUUUUCUUCGUUUUCGGCUUCUGUUUUGCAAAUGCCCAUGUCAAAACACUGGCCUCUGUCACAGAGAAAGAGAAAGAACUAUGUAGAACUGUGAUGGCCUACUGGGGGAACUUUGCCCGCACUGGAUCUCCAAAUGGGCCAGACCUGAGACCAUGGCCUGAGUAUGGUGCUGAAGCUGAGUAUCUGGGCAUUGGGCUGGAGCAGAAGCCUGGCAGGAACUUGAAGGCCAAGCGUUACAUCUUCAUGACAGAGACGCUGCCAGAGCUGGUUCGCUCAGCUCAAGAGAAAAGAGAGCGCAGUGAGCUGUAGAUAUGAAUGAAGGUUCCUAAAUGUCGGCGCAAUCUUUGACAAGAAACAAAUCUAAAAGUUGAUAAAGAUCAAAUUAAAUAAUUUAAAAAGCCAAAAACAA